AUGAGGAUCACUGUGAUGACCGCCGGUGAACAAAUCAUUACGCUUGAUGUCGAUUCUCAGGAAACUGUUGAGAAUGUGAAAGCCUUGCUCGAGGUUGAGUCGAAUGUUCCGAUUCAGCAGCAGCAGCUGUUGUAUAAUGGAAACGAGAUGAGGAAUUCCGAUAAACUGAGUGCCUUGGGUGUUAAGGACGACGAUUUGUUGAUGAUGGUUUCCAAUGCCUCGUCUGGUGGUGCGGCGGCGGGGAGUGAUUUGGGAAUGAAUCCUGAUGGGUCAGCUGUGAAUCCUGCAGCCUUUCAACAACACAUUCGGGGUGAUUCUAAUAUUAUGGGACAGCUAUUUCAGACCGAUCCUGAGCUUGCACAAGUGAUCUCUGGAAGCGAUUUAAAUAAGUUACAGGAUGUUUUGCGUUCACGGCAUCGUCAGCGAUCUGUAUUACAGCGUCAGAAGGAGGAGGAACUCGCUCUUCUGUAUGCAGAUCCUUUUGAUGUUGAAGCACAGAAGAAAAUUGAAGCUGCAAUUCGACAGAAAGGAAUUGAUGAGAAUUGGGAAGCUGCCCUUGAACAUAAUCCUGAAGGUUUUGCUCGGGUGAUAAUGCUGUAUGUGGAUAUGGAGGUCAAUGGCGUACCUCUAAAGGCUUUUGUUGAUAGUGGUGCACAAUCGACAAUUAUAUCCAAGAGUUGUGCUGAGAGAUGCGGAUUGCUGAGACUCAUGGAUCAACGCUAUAAAGGUAUUGCUCAUGGUGUUGGCCAAUCAGAGAUAUUGGGCCGCAUUCAUGUUGCUCCAAUCAAGAUUGGGAAUAACUUUUACCCGUGUUCGUUCGUGGUGCUGGACUCACCUAACAUGGAAUUCCUUUUUGGACUUGAUAUGCUGCGUAAGCAUCAGUAUAGAUUUGAAGGAGAAUGUCCUGACUGUCGGAGGGGGAGAGAGAAAGACCUCCCUUCCCGAUUUCUGGAUGAAGAACGCGUUCCGAAUCAAGCAUCUAGCUCUGGAGCAGCGGUUCCUUCUGGGUUUACAGAGAAGAAGAAUAACACUGUUGCUAGCCCAAUAAGUCAACCUUCAAGGCAAAACACAUCAGAGGGACCUGAAUUUGAAGCCAAGAUUGCAAAGCUUGUGGAAUUAGGCUUCUCCCGGGAAGCAGUGAUACAAGCUCUCAGAUUGUUUGAAGGAAACGAAGAACAAGCUGCUGGGUUUCUCUUUGGCGGCUGA